AUGAUGCGCGAUGUCAGCAUAAAUAUCAGCGUAAAAUUCACUCAGCCGCGAUUAGAUGCGCGCGGUCAGCAAUUGCCCCCGAUUCUCCUAGACGAUGGCAAUCUCGAGCCGAAUAUCAACAUCUCACUCGAUGUUCCACACCAAGAUGAGGUUUUGGCUAGGAGUGGUACACCUACGCGUGUCCUACAGAUGGAUGGUGACGAUGAGCAGCCUCAUUUCCCCGGUGCUCUGCUGCGUAGUGGGGGAAAUGCUCGCACUCUGCAGUAUAACAGACACAGCUUCAAAUCCAGGGAUUUCAAAUCAGAGACUGCGCCUUCUUCUUCUAAGCAUAUACGUAGCAGUGGCAGUGGCAGUGGCAGCGGCAGCGGGCGCGAUAAUUCACUCGCAGAGAAUGAGAUUAAGGAUGAAAACGAUAGUAGCUCUAAAGAUGAUGCUGAUGGCUACAGCGACGGCAGCUUGACCCCCAUACCCGACUCACCACCGCGUAAGAAAGGCAAAGCACGGGUGUCGCACGUGAAACCACUUUCAGAUAACGAGGCAGACCAGGGUGGGUAUUUGAGAGUCGCUGGCUUUGCUGGUACGAAAGACACGGUACAGAGCAACUCGAGAUCAGAUGGCGCUGUACAUCGCGCUCCACAGUCACAGUCGCGAUCGCAAAGGUCUAAACCAGUCCAUAUUCAACCAACUGAAUUACAACCAACUGGUCCCUUAUACCAAACUCAGCCUCCCAGCGAAACGUCUGGCAUUAAGUCCAAGUACAUCACCCCUUCUCGCUUUGAGGAAAUAUACCUCCAGCGGGCUGAAGAAAUGAGAUUGGCUCAGCUCGAGCAUGUUCGCUUGCAGAAAGCACACGUACAAGCAGAUCAUUUGGUUGGGUCGCACAAUGGCAACGGCGAAGCUGGUCCAUCGCAAAGCAAGAAAGCUAAAUUGUCUCAGCCACAGAAGUCUACGCUCAGUUCAAGCAGUAAAACUCCAAUCAAUCAAUCACCACUGGUGUCUGAUGAGAUAGACGCGUCAGCUACCUCGAGGCGAUCUUCUCUACCUCCACCUGCACAUACAUCAGAAAACUCUACUCUCAACUCAAAGGGAAGGGAUGAUUCGUUGCAACCAAAGGAGGCACCAGCUUCAGAGUCGCGGAGUUCGAACGUCGCCAACGUUGCUCAAACUACAGACGCAUUAGCUAGACAACCUUCUCCGAAUCGAUCAGCAAGCUCUUUCAACAGAAUAUCCGUCCAUUCUCCUCUUGCUGACAGUGAAAAAGACCCUUCAGCUCCUCAAUCAGCUUCUCAAUUAAAUCCCCAUCCGGCUCUUAAUUCUACUCUUCCCUCAGCUCCUCCAGACAAAAGCUCUGAUUAUGGUAAGAGAUCAUCGAGUCGCUUGAAGUCAACCGGAAUGGAUCUCCAGAGUUUGUCAAGCAAAAGAGACUCGAUUUAUCGCGAAAGAUCUCCCGAGACUGAGUCUGCAUCAAAGCCCAAGUCGAAGCCCAAGCCUAAGCCUAAAUCGAAGUCUAAAACACCCUCCGGCACACCUAACUCAAAUAAGUCGUCGUCGAAUGAUUCAACGUCGAAUGAUCUACCUAAUAAACCACCGAGUGAUCUUUCAAAUAAUGUUUCAAAGCCAUCGAAUAAAGGUCCUUCUGCUUCAUUCGAGAAGAUCACACUUCGACUUCCUGGUCCGUCAAAGAAUGGCGAGAUGAACGAAUCACUGAAAAUUCUUAGUAACUCCAACUCGCCGCCAGGACUCUUCGAAAGUAGACCCGAACCUCCUUCAUCUAGCGUAAACGCGCAGAAUCAGGCGUCUGCAGGUCCUGCAGAUCCCAAUCAACCUUCCACCAGCUCAGAGCCACCCAGAACAGACUUUUUGAACCGCAAGACUUUUAUGUUCAAAACCCAGACUCCAGAAUCAUAUCUUUCACAGACACUGAAGAAGCGCAAGCGGAAAUCUGAUAAGUUGGCAUUGGCGCAGUCGAAAUUUGCAAUUGAUGAUGGUGCUAAUAAGCACGUAAAUGAUCCAAACAAGCCAGUAAAAGCAUUCGAAAUGAGCGAGGUGUUCAAGGAAGCCCAAAUACUUCACCUCUUCGAUCCUAUACCAAAGCCUUCACUGGAGGAAAAUCGUCAGUCAUUUCACAAUUCUAAACCGGCUCCGAGUCCCAUCGAAGAGAAUGGAUACUCUCUCCCCGAUUAUAACUCGUCUUCAAUUAUACCACCAAGAUAUGACGGUCGCUUUGCAAACGACUUCAAAGAACAAAUAGAUCGUAGACUCGAGAUAUUGGAUAUAGCAAGAUACUAUCCGAAUUUGGUUCCAGUGGCUAAUAAUCCAAUAACGAAAAUGGACCUAGUUACAUACUUUGAUAAUAUCAGUGUUGAAGGUCUACACAGAAACGCAAUUACUGUACCCAUCUACAAAUGUUUCUUUGGUGAUGGACGUAUGGUUGAAAAGGCACUACACAAGAAGAUAUUACUCACAGUGACUGACAGUUGUAUGCUCCUGAUGGACACUGCGACCACUUUGGCCAAAAUAUGGAGAGUGAUUCCGUUCUACUUGAUUAGUGAUCUGAAGUUACGCGAUGACCCUCGUGACUUGCCUUUAAUAACGUUCAAGAUCGACCCUAGAGAUGAGAUAUCGCAUCACAUGAGUACAGCCGAGAUAUCUUUCGAUCCGGUGCAUGAAUGGAUUUCAUUCUUUGUUGACAACAAACACCCUUAUUUUCAUGAAGUUUCGCUCAAAAAUUGGGCAUACAACAUGCGAAGAGUGAUAACAUUGAAGAACAGACCAAUCGAACCCUAUCCUUUGAUAGAUGCUGUUAAGUUGUUCGGCAGAUGGAGGAAUGGCGAGCUGAAAGGAGCGAUCAAAAGGAUCCACAGUCCAGCAAAUAGAGCAUUCUAUACUGGUGCAAAAUACGAUAGCACUACUCAGGGAAUUGAUUUUUCAGCGAACAGAGACGAGUACAAGAGGUUUAGGAACACUCAAGCUGCUCAAGAAGCUGAGAUGCAACCAGAUAGAACAAGUAGACAUUCAAUAUCUACUGAAAAGUCUGAUACGAAGAAGGAAAUGGAAAUAGAGUGGACAGAACCAGCACGCUCACAGCCGCCUAGGACACACGAUUCACGCAAUACGUAUUUGAAUGAGAUGCUUAAUAUUAGCGAUUCAGAAAGCAACGAUCCGACAGUGCAAAAAGCAUUACCACCAAAGCAUAGCAGACAUAGUGUAAUAUAG